UCCUCUCCUCCCAUUAACUCAUCCGCGGCCGUUACGCUCUCGCCUCCCCUUCCCCCAUUUCAAACCCAACCGCGUCGCGCACGGGAGGCGAGCAGCCGAGGAGAUUCCCCGCUCCGAGCACCGGCAGGAGGCGGAGGCGAGGCGGCGGGACGGUCUCGGAGUCGGAGGCGAGGCGGGGGAGCCGGAUGGUGGAGGCCGGCACGAGCUUCAUGGAUAAGGUCGAGGCGGCGGCGGACGAGGACGGCGGCGUCGAUGGCGCGAGCAUGGACACGGGCGAGGGGGAGGAGAUUGGGGAGAUGGCGCCCCUGGAGCCGCUGCCGGAGCCCCCCGAUGACGGCGGGCCCGUCGCGUGGCCCAUGCCGGAUUUCUGCCCUCUCACGAUCGACGGGGCGGUGAAGGAGUCGUUCCUGGAGACCCUGCGGAAGGACGCGGCGGAGACGGAGCGGCCGCCGCGGGAAGAUGCGGAGGCGGAGGAAGUGAUGAGCCCGGACUCGCGGCCAUCAAGCAGCAAGCGCCACCGCGCCGGCACCGCCUCGCCGUCGUCCCGGAGCAGCCCCUACCGCAACAUCCUGCAGGUGUUCCAGCAGUGCAGGCAGGACGUCGUCGGGGAGACUCCGGCGAAGAACUGCUAGAGCCGCCAGCCGAGCAGAAACAGAGCGCAGGAUCAGGCCGCGAUGCCACGGCUUCACACCGCUUGCUUGAGCUGAAACAGAGCACGGGAUCAGGCCGCAUAUCGAUCGUGAUGCUGCGUGACUGAAAAGGGGGAUAGGGAGUUUGCAUUCUUGUGUAAAGAUUGGAUACAGAAGUUACGAAACCUCGAGUAAAGAAGAACGCUACGAGAAAUGCAGUUUGGUAUUUGCAAA